GCGCAGGCGCGGCGGCCGCACGUGUGCUGGUGGAGCCAUGGCGAAGGGGCAGCAGAAGCUGGGGCGUGGGCAGGUGAGGAAGGCGGUGGAGGCUCUCCUGUCUUUUGCGAGAAGCAAGGCUAAGGGAGACGCGCUGCUCCUUAACGAGAACGAGAGCGUGCACCUCCUGGUGACGGUCUGGAAGAUCCCACGCGUGGCUCAAGUAAUCAAAAUACCCCUGCCCCAUGGCAUUCGAGCAGAAACAGCUGAGGUGUGCCUGUUCACAAAGGACGAACCAGAUCUGUCUGCAGAACAGACAGAAAGUCUUUACAGGAAACUUCUAACCCAGAAUGGGAUCACGAGUGUUAGCCAGGUCAUCUCCUACAAAACUCUCAAAAAAGAGUAUAAACCCUUUGAAGCAAAGCGUCGCCUCCUGAACAGAUUUGAUCUCUUUCUGUCUGAUGACCGAAUCAGAAGGCUUUUGCCCUCCCAUCUGGGAAAACACUUCUAUGAAAAGAAAAAGGCACCUUUAUCUGUAAACUUGAAAGCCAAAAAUCUUGCUAAGGAGCUACAAAAGCAUAUUCAGGGUACUGUACUACCAGUUACCAACAAAGGGUGCUGUUAUACAACACGUAUAGGCCACACUGGAAUGAAAGCUGAUGAGAUACUAGAUAAUAUCAUUGCAGCAGCUGAGGUGAUUGCUAAGAAGUUACCAAAGAAUUGGAAAAAUGUGAAAGUUCUUCAUCUCAAGACGCUUAAAUCAGUUGCACUUCCAAUUUUUACUGCUCGAAUCUCCAACUUAGAUGAGCUUGACAAAGAGCCAAAUGUCAAUAAAAAACAAGGAGAGAAGGAAAAGAAAAAGAAACCAAAGAAGGCAGCUAAAAAGGUGAAUUCAAGUCAAAAUACCACGACAGCUAAAAGUAAGGCUGCUGCUGCUACCCACGAGCUUGUGAUAAAGGAAGAAGUAGUCCAAGAACCAGAGGAACGUGCUGAUGAUGAAGAAAUUCCACAACUGGUGCCUAUGCAAGUAACCAGCUUAGCUGAGCUAAAGGUAAUGAAAGAGGAACCAAGUCAAAGUCCAGAAAAAGGUGACAAUCUGGGCAAUAAAACAAAAGCAACCCUUGGUAAGAGAAAGAAACAAUUUCUUGCUCCAGAAACUUCAAAACAGAAAGUUAUGGAAGAGCAGGCAGACUUGCAGAUGUCACCAAAACAAAAAAAAGCCAUGCAGCUGAGCAUGGCAAAGGAAGAAAUAAAAGAGCUGGAAAAGACUCUUAGAAAGCCUGAAGCAAAGUCUUUUGCUACACACAAAGCUGGCAAACUAGUACAGUCAUCCAAGAAAUCUUCCAAAACACCAAAGCAAGCAGCCAAGAAAGCAUGCAGGCCACAGUCGUCAUGAAUGUUGUCUGCUGUAACGUUUUGUGUCGUUAUUCAAUGCUGUCUUUUCAUGAACAUAAAGUAACGUGCCUUCUUAAGAAAAGCUGACCUUAGGAGCUUUUUUUCACCAGCUUAAUGAUUAAUUUGUGUUUCCUUCUAGUGGAAGAACAAAUAAACACAGUAUUUUAAUUA